AUGACUGAAGGGAUGCUCCUUGAGCUCCUUCCGCAGCUGAAAGCACGGGCUAUCAUCAAUUCGCAUCCUCAACUGACGUAUUCCCUGAUAAAAACAAUGGUGACGUUGGGGCUUGUCGAUCCCAACGUUGUUGCUCAAAAGUUAGCCGCUUCCCAGCCUGCUGCUCCACCCGCUCCGCCUGCUCCUCAAAUGCCAACAGUUCCCUCACAACCAGCGCCCACACAGCCCAUCUCUUCCCAUCAAAAUCCCCCUUCGUCGCAUCCAUCUGCAUCAUCCUCUCGACCCGUCCUGCCUCAAGCAUCAAACUCUCAUGCCCCCUCCAUUUUGGACGGUAACCCGACGGUCAAAGUCACGACUGGCUCAAGAUUUGCCCCACCCGUGAACGCGAUGGGUGGAACACCACCAGUGGCCCCCGCGACUUCCACAUCCACGCAAGUCACUCCUGUGCAAAAUCAGACGGCAGCCGUGGCAGCCCUUAUCAAUGCACUUCCUCUCGAUCAGCGUAACACAAUCGUCCAGCUCCUUUCACUGACUCCAGAGCAGAUCAAUGCGAUGCCUCCUGAGGGUCGUGCUCGAAUACUCGAAAUGAGACGAACCUUCCUUGGUCCCGGAGCUUAGCAUCCAAUGGACAAUUAACCACAGCACGAUUUUUGCAUUUCGUGUCGGCUGCACCAGGUUGCAAAGGAUGGUUGGAUUUGGAAGAGCACAUAGGUUCCAAUCAUAUGAAGUCGGCGGGACUACUCUCCGGUUCACUACAUUCGUGUGUCAACACAUAGCCCCAGGAAAUGAAGUCAAAGCCAAGAGAGAUGGCUCAGUCAACUGAAACGCCUUUUGACCGCAGCUCGUUCUUCGCCAGGCUUAUUUCC